AUGCCCGUCAACUACCACGUCGUCGAGCCGCACCCAUCAGUCCCUCACAGCGGCCGUCCAGCUCUACAUACGGCUCGCGGAGGCGCCGGCAAUGUCAUCAACCUGAAGAACACCAAGACUACACCUUCUCGAACCGCCACGGGCCCAGCAUCCCUCACUCGAUUGGACUCCCAUGUCCCCUCAACAUUCACAUCCGGCCGCGGCGGCGCCGGCAAUGUCCACCGCAGCAGCGAGCGUGCCAUCUUUAGCUUCGACGAGGAGCUGGAACGCGAGAUGCGCCGCGCCGCGCCUGUUUACCAUGUUGGCCGCGGCGGCGCAGGCAACAUGAUCCACCGCGAGAACGACAACGAGAGCACCCUGAGCCGCAAGUUCUCUUCAACCAGCAAUACAUCGGCCAAGAGCAAUCUCUCCUCGACAAGUGACCGCGCGCGCGAGAUGGCCCGCCGCGGCCUUGAAAAGGGCUGGGAGAAGAUUAAGGGCAUGGCAUAG